AUGGAUUGUUAUGCGUUAGCGGCACCGACAUUAGAUAUUUUAGCUUCUCAAACAGGAGUUUUAUAUGGUGGUAUAAGUACAAUACUAAUGGCACGCAGUAUUGGUUAUAUGUUUGGAAAUAUAGUUGGAGCGUUAGCGCAAGAAAUUGUUAAAAAGUAUUCCGAAAACUUGUUAUCGAUUUCAUUUCUAAUUGCAUCGAUUGCUGUUUUUGCAACACCUGCGAUUACUAAUUUAUAUCAUCUUUCAACAGUAUUUUUCUUCCAAGGAAUAUCUCAAGGAUGGACUGAUCUUGGUGGUACAAAUUCAAUGUUAACAAUGUGGGGUGGUAACGUCGCUGCUCCACUCAAUGUUGUUCAUUUGGGUUAUGGUCUUGGUUCUGUUUUUGCAAAUUUAAUUGUUAAACCAUUUCUAAGAGAAGAUGGAAAUAGUACUGUAUCAUCGGUAUCUUCUAUAAUUCCAGUUGAAAUAGAAAAAUCGAAUAUUCAAAUUCCAUAUUCGAUAGUAGCAGUUCUUUGUUUAUUAAUCAGUAUCGGUCAUUUACUAUUUGGAAUUUGUGAAUAUCGAAUUCGACGUAAAAUGGCUCGUCAGAAUCGAUCAUUGAAUUAUUCAUUAGUGUCAACAACAAUUGCCAAUGAAGCACAGAAAGUAGAAACAAAAAAAGUUUCGCAAUAUUCUCCUCGUUCAUGUGGAAAUGGUUAUUUUAAUUAUGGAUUAACGAUGACAAUUGUUUGGAUACUUUAUAUGUUUUGUCUUAGUGGAAAUCAUUAUACAUUUGGAAAUUUCUUUUUUACAUAUGUUAAAUCACCUGAGUUCGCGAUUUCAACACACGGCGCUACUUGGUUUAUGAUUGCUUAUUGGCUUUCAUAUUCGGUUGGCCGUCUAAUAUGUGCUGUGGUCAUUGUUUUUGUUCCAGUUCAUAUUGCUUUAAGUGGUCUAUGGGUUCUUGGAUUGAUCUUAGCUAUAGGAUGGUAUUUAUUUGUAUGGAUCAUAUCGUUAACAAGCACAAGUCUUCUUGUUCUCGGUAUAUCUACUGGUCUUGUAUUUUCUCCAACAUUUCCAUUGUCAUUUGGAUUUAUAAAACAACGAUUAAAUGUUAAUCCAUUAUUUAUCGGCGUUGUCUUAUGCAGUGCAUCACUUGGUGCUACAUUUUAUCAGAAACUCGGUGGUAAGUCCAGUUCAUCCUUGUAA